AUGAGGAAGCUUAGUCCAGAAAAAAUUCUUCUGACCGAGCAAGUAAGUUCUUUGAUACAACACACUGUUGCCCCCAAGAUUAAGGAUCCGGGUGCUCCCACUAUUUCUUGUAUUAUUGGAGACCAUACCAUUGACAAGGCACUCCUUGAUUUAGGUGCAGGUGUUAAUUUAUUACCUUACUCGGUCUAUCAGCAAUUAGGACUAGGAGAGUUGAAGCCCACGACGAUUGUCUUACAACUUGCAGACAGAUCCGUUAAGAAACCCCGUAGUAUUAUUGAAGAUGUAAUCAUUAGAGUGGACAAGUUCUACUUCCUAGUAGACUUCAUUGUUCUUGAUACAGAACUUGUCCCAGACCCCGCAAGGCUUAUCCCGAUCAUCCUUGGACGUCCUUUCUUGGCUACGGCUAACGCUUGCAUAAAUUGCAGGACCGGAGAAAUGGAGAUAACCUUUGGGAACAUGAAAGUAAGGCUGAACAUUUUCAAGGCUUUUCAGCAUCCGUCGGAUACUAAUGAGUGUUUCUUAUUGGACAUGAUUGAAGAAACUGUUAAAGACACACUCCCCCACCUUUUGAUUAAAGAUCCAUUGGAUGCUUGCCUGUCCCACUUUGACUUUGAGGACUUUGAUACAGAGCAUUAUGUUGGCAAAGUUAAUUUAUUACUUGACACUGCGGCUGCAAUAGACUUUCCUCCUUGGAGAGUGCCAAAGGAGUCGUUACCUAGCACGUCAGGCAUCCCUCCUAUUCCUUCUCUGAUCUCCCCACCAAAGCUUGAGCUUAAGCAGCUUCCUGUAACACUUAAGUAUGUUUUCUUAGGUACAAAUGAUACCCUCCUAGUCAUUAUUCCAUCUGAUCUGCAAGAUGACCAAGAGAGUAAUUUACUGGAUGUUCUGAAGGAACACAAGGAAGCGAUUGGUUGGAGUGUGGGAGAUUUGAAAGGGAUUGAUCCCUCCAUUUGCAUGCAUCGUAUUCAUCUUGAGGAUAAUGUUAAGCUCUCCAGGGAGGCACAGAGGAGAUUGAAUCCUAACAUGAAGGAAGUAGUCAUGAAAGAGGUGGUGAAAUUGUUAGAUGCAUGUAUCAUUUAUCCCAUCUCAGAUAGUACAUGGGUGAGUCACAUAUAA